UCGGGGCGAUGAUUUAAUUACGGCGCAGUUGGCUGAUAUUUCGCAUAUUAUGUGUCUAUAGAUUAAUUGCCGCAGUCUCAUAUAUGCUCUCGUCGAAUUUUCAUAAAUCCUCGUAGAAACAGGAAUAUUGUUUCCUGUAUCGCAUUGCUGACGCGUCACGUUCCUCUGAAAAAUUAAUGUCAAAACGUGACGAUUGCUUUGCCGUGAGACGCGCACGUGACUUGGAUCCACGACAAUCGAUUAAAACGGAGUAUUAACGGAUUGUAUAAAUACUGAGUUAUCUUGAACAUUGUGAAAUAGUGGAGAUUAAAGUGAAGUGGAAACAUCGAGCGCACGUCGUAUUGGUGACGUGUCAAUACGAAGAAGGCAGCCAAUGCAUACCAAAGAAGACCUUCAUGGUGCUGUUGCGCCUACCGGAGGUCAGCUCGAAUCUGGCAGCCUAUUCGAGAACGGCAAGGAUCAUUCAGGAAACGAAGGAUCAUAACGACAUGGCUCAUCUGAAAGCUCUCAGUUCAGAAGAAAACGAGGACACUGAGAUCUGCAUACCCGUGAAUGUUUAUUGGGAGCUCUUCAGGAACCCGGCAUUGCGAGGUCACCUCAGUGUCAUAGCGCGUACUCACAAGUUGCCCGAAUUUCCCGGACGUCUUCUGGACGAAGAAGUCGAUUCGAGAGACUUAAUUCCCGAAUCAGAAAAACGCGGUCUCGCUACUUUGGCCAAGAACGACGAUCUGCCGAUCACUUUGCAGGAGCGCGACGACGACGGUGAUGAUGAAGAAAAGAGGAGCGCACCUUCUAGCGAUAACGUGGACGGCUUGAUGCGUGAGUUGCUGGACGAGGAGUACCGUCGACGGGCGUCUGAGAUCUACGACUAUCUGUCCGAGUUGGAUCCAGAAGUGGUCGAGUACCCACCAGACAAACGUAACGUUGGCUCCUUGGCGCGGGAUUUCGCGUUGCCUAAAGGCAGGCGACACAUCGCCUCGGUGGCUCGCGACUACGGUUUACCAAGCGGUAAGAGAAACAUCGGAUCCUUGGCCAGACAGAGCAUGCUGCCGCUGGGCGGCAAGAGAAACAUCGCCUCGCUGGCGAGAUAUGACAUGCUGCCGCAGAACGGCAAGAGAAACGUGGCCGCACUGGCCAGGGACUCCUCUCUGCCUUACGGCAAACGUUAUCUGGGCUCGCUGGCGCGAAACGGUGGCUAUCAGACAGUCCGCGAAUACGACGACGGCAAACGCAGCAUCGCAUCCUUGGCGAGGAACGCCGACUGGCCGGGUAUCGUGAAACGAGGCCGCAUGACAUCGGGAAGGAUAAUCGCGCGAGUGCUCAAUCGUCACGGGAGAUCGUUGAAGGACGAACGUGAGACGAACAGCGAACCCCUGGACCUUCAGCAACUCAUCAGGCAGGGACAUAACGAAGACAAAGGAAACGAAUGGCAGGCCACACCCUUCAGUGUCUUGGAGGAUCUGGACGAAGGCAAGACGAAGAAUAGAUCGAACAGGAAGAUGGACACCACGACGCAGACGAGGCACAAGAGACAGAUCGAUUUCUCAGACGAAUAUCCGCUUCCCAUCAUGCAGAACAACAUGCUCGAAUAUGAGGAUAUGAUGGAAGCGUUCGCCGAUCACUACCCGAACACGGAGAAGAGGUUCAUGGGUUCCGCGGCCGAGAUGCCAACUGACUCGGGCUAUUCUGAGGUAUUGCAACCGAGUAAGAGACAUAUCGGGGCCCUCGCACGCCUCGGCUGGCUCCCAUCCUUCCGUGCAUCACGAUUCUCUCGAUCGCCGCGAUAUCUGGUCGAAAGGGAGAAUCCCGCAGAUGGGUCCUCGUCCAACUACACCCCCGACACGUCGCCUCGGUCGCUAAGGCCGAUAUUCACCCCGAAAACUCGCUACUUGCAGUCCCUGCACGGAGAUUGUCGACACGGCUUCAAGAGGUUUUUGCUGUUACCGGACAUGGAUAACUUCCUACGGACGUCGAAUUCCCGCAUCGCGCCCCACUCCAUGUAAAGCCCUUGUAUCAGCUGCUCACAUUCAGAGCAGGGCAGAAUAAUUAAAAUACUAUCAGACUCACUUGUGUAAUUAGCGCGAAUUGUAAAGAAGACGGGGGGAAAAUCAGCACGUAAGACUAAACGAGUGAAAAUAUUUCGAGUCUGACGUUCUUCCUUACUAACCACUGAUUACGCCUUGUCAACAGUAGAUACGCGAGUAAUUUCAUCUUCACUUUCAGACGAUAAUCUUAGUCGUCAGAUGUUAUUUAAUACAUUUAAUAAUAUAUUGCCGAAAACUCUUUUAUCAGAAAAAAAAAGAAUUAAUUACAUUUAAAAUUAAAGAAAAAAAAAAGAACAAGUUGUGUAAGGAAGCCCGUUGUGUAAUUGAGCGACAAUCUAAAAACUCGAAGAAGAUUAAUUUUGUCGCGCAAUCUAUCGAUUGACAAUAAGCUUACUGUUCGCCGACAAUAAUCUUACAUAAUCCUAAUGUAACGCCUUAAAUGUGCCGUCUGUAUCGAACAGAUUUAAACUAUUAUGCAAAAAAAAAGCCUAUUGUAUCUAAAAGAGAUUCCAAUUUACAGAUAGAUCCUCGUUCAAGCAUCUUUCUUCACAGUUAUAAAUUUUGGAUCCAUGUUAUAUUUCGAAAACUUUGUGGCCUCAUCUCGUUGUGGCUUCUAUAAAACUUCUAGUAAGCACGUAUUUUUCUUAAUAUUUAUAUCUUCAUACUUCUCUCAAUGUUGAUAUGUAACAAACAUACAUAUAUAUAUAUUGCUGUGACUUUUGUAAUUUGUAUCUUUUUAAGCAAGGUGAGAAAUAUCUUCGUGAUCAGGUUGAAUAAUAUUUGACAAUAUUUUUGACAAUAAUUUUUUUUCGUUAAUAAUAUUUAACUCGAUAAUGCCGAUAAUGACAAGCCAUUUUUGAAUAAGUGGAGGAAAAGUACUUUGUCCUCGUGACUUUUCGCAUCGUCGUCGCUCGCAAUAAUACGAACGAGUGGAGGAAGGAUAAAAGAUAAUACAAUUCGGCCAAUAUACUACUUAGCUUCGUAAUAAAUCAUCGUGAGAUCGAAAUAUUUUAUUCCGCCUCCGGUUUCCCAUUUAAACGAGCACAGCCGCGAGAAACUGUAUGUCACUUUGAUGAUUAUUACUUAGCCCAGAGUUAUCGAUAAAUCAUCGCGAGAUCGAAAUAUUUUAUGCGCCGACCGUUCGUUUGGCGACCGUGACAAUCCGUAGGAUCGUAAAAAGAGGAUUAAAAUUCGCGAGCGUCAAUUCGACGAUUAUUAUCAGGCAUAAAAAACAUAAAUCAUCAUUGAACGAAAUAUUUCAGAAACGGCUGUUUGCAAGUAGACUGCUAUAAAUUCGCAAUUGUAAAAUAUGAUACGAUAUUAUAAUCACAUUAGCUAAUCGAACAAUUGUCCUUGUUUUUCGGAUAUUUCUCAUCCUGUUGCGAUUAAUAUUUUUGCGACCCCCCACGAUGUGUGAUUUUAGAUUAUUUGUGACAUAAAGAACAAUAGAAGAAUAUGUGGUGCUUUAAGCUUGUUAUUUGCUUAAAUAAUUUCAGUUUAUUGAAAUAAUAUUAAAAAGGAUAUAAUAUUAUUUAAAAUUCUUUUUUCAUAUAAUUUCGAGUUUGAGGCUUUCUUUUUCUCUCUCAUAUAUAGGAAAUAUAAAAUAUAUUAAUUGUACAUUUCUAUAUUGCUUUUGAUUUUUAAAGAAGCACUUAUCAGAAUAUAAAAUUAUAAUUUAUAUAUUAAUAUAAAAUUUAUAAUUAAUAAAAUUUAACAUUUUCAAAAGAAAUGCAAUUUUGAUGCAGUUAUGAUACGGUAAAUAUUCCACUUAAUUUAUUUUUUCAAAAUAUUACAAUUAUGUCUAUACGUUCUUUUUAUAGUGAGUUAAAGACGAGGUGACAUACAUUGCGGUCGCAAAAACGUUUAAAGACUUAAAGAGAAUGCAUACACAAAAGAAAGAUGAAAGGGGCAUUUUUCAUGUAACAAAUUUAGAUGUACCGUUUCUGCGGUCUUCCCCUUUCCCUUUCCCCUCCCCUCGUCAACGAACGUUGUUUCUUUCGUUUCUCUUCGAAGUCCUAUGAUUACAAUCAAAAUAGAAAAACUCGAUCGUUCGCAUACACGUGGGUAAGAUUGACGAAGCCAGGAAAUAAUCUCCGUGAGCGUAGUAACAUGUACGAUGUAAAUGCUAAAUUAGUGCUCAGAGCUUUAGUCUAAUGAUAAGUUCGAUAGUGAUAACGCGAAUUCGUUUUCAUCUUAGUCCUCUCCUUCUCUCUCAUUGUAUCUCGUUUAAAUAUCGUUAGAGACGUCGUUGUAUAACAUGUAUGUGGUAUUACAGUUGAAAUACACUCGAUGUCGCGAUAUCAUCGAUCUAUCAUUGCUGUGGAUGACAUAUAAGUCUAUUGACUCUCUUUAACUUUACGGUUUAAAGUAUUAUGUGUUUUUGUCUAGACAAUAAUGGAUAACCAAAGUGACAAUAAAACGAUAAUAAUAUUGAAGUAAUAAAUAUGAAAUUUUAUUCCGCAAAUACAUUCACUCUGUUUUUAUUUUUUAGUAUUAAAUAAUAUAAAUAAUUAUAAACAUUUCUCGUAGUUGUAUAUUUAAUCAAAUCUGAUUUGUGUAUGUAGCGAUAAUAAAAAGAAAAGAAGAAUUAAAUUAAUAUACAUAUAAUAGAUAAGAAAAAUUUUGUCACGUAUUUUAUUAUUAUAAAAAUUUUUCUUACAUCAAGUUUUUUUUAAAGCAAUUAACUUUGAUGAAUUAUAAAUAAUCUAAUAUGCAAUACAUGAUUUCAUUUAAUACUAUCAAGUCUUAAUCUUAACAUACGAUCACUAAUUAAUAUAAUUUUUGUAUGUUAUCAUUACGUAUGUUAAUCAUUACUAAUACACAUAUUACAAUUCUACGCUAUGCGCUAUCAGCCUCGGAUCCUUCACUAUCAGUUUCGAAUUAUCAAAAUUUACAUUACCGAAAUUAUUAUUAUUAUUGUCAUUGUUGUUUCCAUUUGACACGUCUUCAUUGACACCUUCGUCUUUGUUGGAUACAGCAUUGAUUGUUGUUAUUGUUGUCAUUUGAAUUAUUAAUUAUAAGAGGCAACACAGCCGGAAUAUCCUUGUUAACAUUACCAGAAUUAUUAUAUUGUUUCCGUUAUUGUUUUCAUUUACGAUCUUCCCGUCGACUUUAUCAUUACGUUGGACACUCCAUUGUUGCUGUUCAUCAUUAUCAGAGUUAUUAAUUAUUAAAGAAAGGAGCAGCACAUGUUUUGCGCAUUCCGCCGUUGUAAGUUGACAGAUUGUUACCGUUAUUGUUGCCACAAGCCCGUUGACGUCAUCGUCGCUAUUCAAUACAUUGUUUUCAUUAUUAUUUCCAAAAUUAUUAUUAAUUAAUGAAAAUGUGAUAUGAAUGGCAACAAAUUUGCCGUUGGUAAC